UGGAAUUUUGGAAUACUGAAAAUUUUAUCAGCUGUUUUAUUACAUCGUUUAUCUUUUUAAUAUUCAUAACUAUCAUUUAAUAAGUUAAAUAAUUCAUUGAUAGCUUCCAUAAGUCAUAAAUAUUUAUCAUUCUAGUAAUUAUCAUAAAAUUUAUUCUAUUUUUAAAUUCCUUGUUUUCCUCCAUUGAUAUAUUUUCAAGGAUACAUUUAACGCAAUUAUUGCUUAUUAUUACAUAUUAACAAUUGAGAAUAAUCUAUAACAAGAUGUCUACCGUUGGUCAAGUUAUCCAAUGCAAAGCAGCUAUAGCAUGGGGCCCUAAAGAAGACCUUAAAUUUGAGACAGUGGAAGUGGCCCCCCCGAAAGCUCACGAAGUAAGAAUCAAGAUAUUGUACACAGCUGUUUGCCAUACCGAUGCUUACACUUUAAGUGGGGCUGAUCCGGAAGGAAUAUUCCCUGUAAUUUUAGGACACGAGGGAGCUGGAAUUGUAGAAAGUGUGGGUGAAGGAGUUACUAAUGUUCAACCAGGUGACCAUGUAAUACCUCUCUACGUACCUCAAUGCAAAGAAUGUAAAUUCUGCAAGUCGCCCAAGACCAACCUGUGUCAGAAAAUUAGAUUAACCCAAGGUAGAGGUGUUAUGCCUGAUGGGACAUCUAGAUUUACCUGCAAAGGGCAAUCCAUCUACCAUUUUAUGGGUACAUCAACAUUCAGUGAAUAUACAGUUGUUGCUGAUAUAUCUGUUACAAAAGUAAAUCCCCAAGCUCCUCUUGAUAAAGUAUGUCUUUUGGGCUGUGGAGUACCCACAGGCUAUGGUGCUGCUUUAAACACAGCCAAAGUAGAAAAAGGUAGCACCUGCGCUGUUUGGGGCUUAGGAGCAGUGGGACUUGCCGUGGGGCUUGGUUGUCAAACUGCUGGAGCUUCUAGAGUCAUCGGAAUUGACCUCAAUCCUGAUAAAUUUGAAACUGCGAAGAAAUUUGGAUUUACUGAAUUCGUCAACCCAAAAGAACACGAAAAACCCAUCCAAGAGGUUUUGGUUGAAUUAACAGAUGGUGGUCUUGAUUACACUUUCGAAUGUGUGGGGAAUGUUGUAACCAUGAGACAAGCUUUAGAGGCGUGUCAUAAAGGUUGGGGUGUGUCUACAAUAGUCGGAGUGGCAGGAGCAGGACAGGAAAUCAGUACAAGACCAUUCCAACUGGUCACUGGCAGAGUUUGGAAAGGAACAGCUUUUGGAGGCUGGAAAAGUAUAGACAGCGUCCCAAAAUUGGUUGAAGAUUAUUUAUCCAAGAAACUAAAACUGGAUGAAUUUGUGUCUCAUAAUUUACCUUGGAAUGAAAUCAAUGAAGCUUUUCAUCUCAUGCACACUGGAAAGAGCAUUCGUACGGUGUUAACUAUAAGUCAGUAACCAGUAACAUGAAAGAAGUUGGACAUUUGAACUAAUAUUUUUCCAUUUUUGAAUUUUUGUUUAAAUAAAUAUAUUUUUGAAAAAAA